AUGUCCCUAAUAUCGGAAAAGAACCCGUCGAGGGCCAACACGCCGCUGGCAAGGUUUGCUCAGCAGCUGAUCAAGGACACCAUCGCCGAGUUUGUCACCGACGCCCACUUGGGCUUGUCCAAUACCCAGGACAUUCUCAAUCGGCGCCUGAUCCAUGGCGAUAACGAGUUGACUCACGACGAGAAGGAGCUGUUGGUGGUGAAGUUUUUCCAGGCGUUCAACGACCCGUUGAUCUUGCUUUUGAUCGGCUCCGCCGUCAUCUCGUUCUGGAUGGGCAACGUGGACGAUGCCGUAUCGAUCUCUCUAGCCAUCACCAUCGUGGUCACUGUGGGUUUUGUUCAGGAGUACCGCUCGGAGAAGUCUUUGGAGGCACUCAAUCGCUUGGUGCCCGCAGAGGCCAAGUUGACUCGAAACGGCAACACCUCCACCGUCUUGGCAUCUCACUUGGUGCCUGGCGACUUGGUGCAUUUUUCCCAGGGCGACAGAAUCCCGGCUGACGUCAGGUUGACCGAUGCUGUCCACUUGACCAUCGAUGAGUCCAACUUGACCGGUGAAAACGACCCGGUGAAGAAACUGGCCAACGUCAACAACCCGACUGACCACACGGGGGACGUGUCCAAAGACCUCCCGGUGACAGAGCGCUCGUCCAUCGCUUUCAUGGGCACAUUGGUGCGCGACGGCCACGGUUCUGGCAUUGUAGUGGCCACGGGUGGGCAGACGGAGUUUGGGACGGUGUUUGAGAUGAUGUCUGAGAUUGAAAAACCCAAAACUCCGCUACAACAGGCCAUGGAUAGGCUCGGUAAGGAUUUGUCGGUGUUCAGUUUUGGUGUUAUCGGUACCAUUUGCUUGUUGGGCAUCAUCCAGGGCCGCGAGUGGCUCGAUAUGUUUCAAAUCUCUGUCUCUUUGGCCGUGGCUGCCAUUCCUGAGGGUUUACCCAUCAUUGUCACUGUUACACUAGCCUUGGGUGUGUUGCGUAUGGCCAAGAGAAAGGCAAUCGUGCGUCGAUUGCCCAGUGUUGAGACCUUGGGCAGUGUCAACGUCAUUUGCUCCGAUAAGACUGGUACCUUGACCCAGAACCACAUGACCGUCACGAAAAUAUGGUCUUUCGACUUCCAGGGCUCCUUCAACAGUCCUUUUUUGGUAGUGGAGAAGUUGGACGACAGUGCUCUUCAUGAGAAGUUGACGCCGAACAUUAGAAAAGUGCUAGAAAUUGGCAAUGUGUGUAACAAUGCCCGCUACUCUCACGAAAGUGACAAGUACGUCGGAAACCCCUCCGAUAUCGCCCUACUAGAGACGUUGCCCCAUUUCAGUUUGGAAGAUGUUAGGGGAACAAAGCAGAGGAUCAAUGAGAUCCCUUUUUCUUCUGACAGAAAAUUCAUGGCAGUUUGUGCUCAUAGUGGGGACGCCAGCAGGUGUGAAACCUACGUCAAGGGCGCCAAUGAGGCUAUACUCAAACUUUCUGACAAGUACCUCGAUGAGCAGGGAAACACAAAACCGCUUACAGAAGCAUUGAAAAAUCACAUUCAUGAAAGAGCCGUUGCCCUAUCAUCUGAGGGACUUCGAGUGUUAGCUUUUGCUAAAAAGUCCUCCAAGUUGACUCACGAUAAAGACCACACCAUCCUGUCUGAUUUGACUUUCUGCGGGUUGGUAGGUAUGAAGGAUCCUCCCAGACCAAACGUGGCCAGGUCAAUAGCUCAAUUGAUGAAGGGUGGUGUCCACGUCAUCAUGAUCACCGGUGACUCGCCUAGCACGGCUACUAAUAUUGCCAGGCAGAUUGGUAUUCCCAUCUCCGGCAAAGACUCGAUCUUGACCGGUGAUCAGUUGGAUCGCUUGUCUGAAGAAAGCUUAAGUCAUGCAAUCCACAAUGUUUCCGUCUUUGCAAGAACAACGCCUGAGCACAAGGUUACAAUUGUGAAAGCUUUGCAAAGAAGAGGAGAUGUUGUGGCAAUGACUGGUGAUGGUGUGAAUGAUGCUCCAGCUUUGAAACUUGCUGACAUAGGUAUUGCAAUGGGUAAGAACGGUACUGAUGUGGCUAAGGAAGCCGCCGAUAUGGUGCUUACCGAUGAUGACUUCUCCACCAUUUUAAACGCUAUAGAAGAGGGCAAAGGCAUUUUUUACAACAUCCAAAAUUUCAUAACCUUCCAGUUGUCCACCUCCAUUGCAGCAUUGACAUUAAUCGCGUUGGCCACAUUCUUUGGGCUUCCAAACCCCUUGAACGCUAUGCAAAUUUUGUGGAUCAAUAUUCUAAUGGACGGCCCACCAGCACAGUCUUUGGGAGUUGAGCCUGUGGACCAUGAAGUGAUGAACAAGCCACCAAGAAAGAGAAAUGAGAAUAUCUUGACGCAACAGGUGAUCAAAAGAGUAUUGCAAAGCGCUGCCAUGAUCAUCCUUGGUACAAUGUACAUAUUCAUCAAAGAGAUGAGAGAUGGCCAAGUCACAGCCAGAGACACUACAAUGACAUUCACCUGUUUUGUGCUAUAUGAUAUGUUCAAUGCGUUAUCAUGUCGCCACUACACGAGAUCCAUAUUCGAACUCGGAUUUGACAACAACAUGUUCAACCUUUCGGUUAUCGGUUCACUUUUGGGCCAGAUGUGUGCUAUAUACGUUCCUUUCUUCCAAGCUGUGUUCCAGACUGAAGCCUUGUCAUUCACAGACUUAGUGCACUUGGUCUUCUUAACCAGUACUGUGUUCAUUGCAGAUGAGAUCAGAAAAUACUUGUUGAGAAGAAGAAACCAAAUGAUCAAUGGCUACAGUUACACGUACGCAGUCUAA